AUGUCCAAUGGCCUAUCGUCGAUCUUGGAUCUGGUUGAUCAAUCGUACACUUCUCAGCGAAAGCUUUUUACACCCGCAGAAUGGCAACAAAUCAACCAACUAUUCCAAAACAAACAUCGCAUCCCAGAUACUUCCCCCUUGAAUCCUACCCUCAGUACAACCUUGAAAGUCAUCGAUGCCAUGUUAAAGCAGACCUCUAACAUCAAAAUGGGACUACUUUAUCUGUACAAAAUCUAUGGCAAGCAC